AUGAGGCGACGUGAGCCAGAGUUUUCUGUUGGUGACAAGGGAAAGCUUAGUCCUCGUUUCAUUGGCCCUUAUGAGAUUGUUAGGAAAAUUGGGACGGUGGCUUAUGAGUUGAAGUUACCCUCUGAUAUGGCCAUGGUGCAUCCGCUGUUUCAUAUUUCAAUGUUGAGGUUGUACAAACCUGACCCUUCCCAUGUGUUGAACCCUGAAGAGAUUGAAAUUAAUGAAGGGUUAUCCUACGAAGAAAAACCGGUCCAGAUUCUAGAUCGUCAUGUUAGAAGGCUGAGGACGAAGGAUGUAGCUUCAGUUAAAGUCCUGUGGUGA